AUGGAAGGUACGAGUUAUUGUCGCAUAGACCAGGAUCACGGGCUCAUGUGCCGCCAUCCGUGCCCAUCCGUGCCUCCUUUUCCCCGACCCCACGAUUGCAACAUGGUGAACCCCAACCGAUCCGCUCCUUACCUGGGAUUCCUCCCCCUAAGCGCACUCCUCACCCUCCUGUUCUCCGUCCUUAUCUAUCUGACGUUCUACUACGAGCCGAAUUAUGUGUUCUCGCCUGAGGCCAUGUCCGCGAUCGGGAAACGCGCCAUCCGCGACGGCGAGAGCUCCACGGGUCUUAACGCGACCGUAGCGUCCGUGGUGCGGCAACUCUCGGAGCGGUACCCCGGGCGGAUCCUCCCCAACCCGCAAUGGAUGUUCAACAACGCCGGCGGCGCCAUGGGCGCGAUGCUGGUGCUGCACUGCUCGGUGAUCGAGUACGUGAUCGUGUUCGGCACGGCCGUCGGCACCGAGGGCCACACCGGGCGCUUCUUCGCAGAUGACUACUUCACCAUGCUGCACGGCGAGCAGUGGGCGUUCGUGCCCGGCGCGCUGCAGCGCGAGGUGUACCGCCCCGGCGACCAGCACUUCCUCCCUAGGGGCACCGCCAAGCAGUAUCGCAUGCCCGCCGAGGCGUGGGCUCUCGAGUACGCUCGCGGGAAUAUCGCGUCGAUGAUGCCGUUCGGGCUGGCGGAUAGCCUGGUGAGUACGUUCGAUUGGGUCACCGUGUGGCACACAGUGCGCGUGUCCGCGGCUGGCAUGGCCACCGAGCUGGCGCGCGGAUGGUUGUGGUGA